AAUUAUAAAUGUGUAUAUACUAUGGUUUUCCAUAUUGGUGAUACGCGUUAUAAGGUUUCUCUGUUUGUCCCGCUUCUUGAUUCAUUGUUUCCAUAUUCAACGGUUGCUGGAAAAAGAAUGGAUUAUAGUUCAUUGCAUUAAAUGAAUCAGCCAGAGGUAACUGGGGGUGAAGAUUAAAUGCAUUGCCGCUGGUGUGGGCCGGGAGAGGGUCAACUGUAGGCUUGAAGAACUGAGAUUGAGGUAUAUCCAUAGGGUAGUAAAAGCCCAUAUUUGCUUGCUGUGGUUGCAGAUUAGCCAUCAACGGCUGGUUCGACCAGAUGUUAGGAAAUAUCGGAGGACUCGUAGCAGGUGCGGUCUUUGCCGGCGCUUUAGUCAGCUCUGGGGAGUUUGCGGCGCUAACAGGCUGAGUUGUCAAAUCUUCCUCGUGAUCGCUUACAAUCGAGUCCACCAUGGAAACAAAUUGGUGUUCAUUUUCCUCGUAAUUCAGUUUACCAUCUUCUAGAGGCUUGGUGCGUUUCUUUGAAAAUGGCUUCACCUUGCUGUCUGGGAUCAAGAAUAAUUGAGUAGUAUGAUCAAAUUGCAAGUCGACUUUGUUCUCACUUAGAAUACGUAUUCCCAUGUGUGCAACCGAAAUCAUUCUAAGGACAUAGUCACAAAGUUUCAUGGACUUAUGACUUUCGUCUGGGAGCUCUCCAAUCAAAGCAAGCACCGAAGUCUCAGACUUCUCUUGGAACUUGCUAUCAUUGAAAUCAUCCAAUGCAUAAUUGAUUGGCCUGAAUUCUUUCAAAGUAACGUCCUCUUUAAAGAGCCUUUUUCUUUCAGGCUUGUAGUCCUUGAAUCUCGUAUUGGCGUCCACUUGGGAACUUGCAUCCGGGUAAACGCGGAAAUAUUCAACAGCGUUGUUGACGAUCUGAGCCAACUUUAAAGCGUAUUUCGGAGUUUGAAUCAGAUAGCUUCUUGGAAGCUCCCUCUCCUUGAACCAACAAAGCAUCAGUCUAACAAGAGGCAGCAACAAAUGGGUGAGAUCAGGCUGCUCGGAAUUUCCAUUCCAGUUAUCUAGCGAGAUCUGCAUCAUGUUGUCCAAAAAUCUGAAUGUGAAUUUCAAGUAUUCUCCGAUGAUAGCGGUGCUAUGGUCUAGCUCGGGAUGGACCAUGUUGUUAUCCACCAGCAGCUCAAAUCCUCCAAUCAAUAUCACAAGCUGUUUAAAAUAUAGAUCAUUGAAAACCUGCUUCCGAUAAUCCAGUUGUUUCAUAAAUUUGAAAAAUUCCGUCUCGAUGUUCUGGAUCGAGUGAUGAUGAAUCAAGUAGCCCUCCGACUCCUUCCACUGGCCUGGCAGCAGAUAAUAAUCAAAUAGAACAAGGAACUGAUAUCUCAGCAGCUCAUAUUUCACAUUUUUUGUAAGAUCGGAUUUAGGCGUUGAAUUAUGCGCUUCGAAAACUCUCAACAUCGGAUUAGGUUUUUUCGACACAUAAUUAAUAAGGUUACCGAGGCCGAUAGGUAAUGGUUCGCUGCUGAGGGACGACCGGAUAAAGUUGUAAACCACAUUGAAGCUAUCCUCUUUGAGGUUAUCGAUGAUAGCAAUGUGGUUGUAAGGAUCUCCCAACGACGGCAAGAUCAGGAGAGCCAACUUAUAAAGCUCAAUAGACUUGCUAUAAUUGUUGUUAUCUUCUUUAGAGAUUGAAGCUGUCGGCAAAUACGUCUUUGCAACCAAUGCGCGAUAUCUGGAGAGGUCUCCAAUGUAAAGAACGCAUUUGCUAAUAACGUAGACCAACGACUCAAUCGUGCGCUGGGAUGGGGAUUUUCUCGGCUCUUUGAUAGUGAUGUCUAUUUUCAGCGUCGUCGUAAGUUUCUUGACUGGAACAAAAAGUAGAAUGUCAUGCGAUAUGAGAAUCUCCUUCACCAAACUGAUAUAAAAAUCAUAGCACUUGGAAAUGAAGCGCACAAAAUGCUCGAAGGUCUUCCGGAUUUCCACGCUGGUAAAAGGCCUUUGCUUUUUAGACGACGACUUCUUUUUCGACAAGAACCGAAACUGAGACUGAAAUAUCUUGAUUGUAGGGUGAUGAAGGUCCACCCAUACUCUGUCGACGAUUUUCCCCAGCAUAACCCGAGAAGCGGUAGGGACGUUCAGAUUAUCGAGGAUGUAGGUCAAUAGCUUUGACUGAGCGAAACUAACAGUACCGAGCAGAAGAGACUCAUCGCUAGCGUAUUUAUUGCCUAGAAUCUCCAGUAUCUUCUGCUUGUUCUGAGAUAAUAUCUGCUCUAUGGGCUCCUCCAACUUGGAACGGUUAUUGAAUUCGGAAUUCGUCAUCAGUGAAAUAGGGCCAAAACGGGGCUCAUUGAAUGACUGUUAGACGCAGAUCUUACUCUUGGACAAAUGUUCACUCAAAUUCUAUGCUCUUCGCGAACAGCAAUUUACGCGCUUGGAUCAAAUCACUUGUAAAUUCCUGACACUAUCUUGAGAUAAAAAAAUAUUCGUAAAGAAAUCCACAGUAAUAAAAUCUCUCAUAUAACCAGGCGAUUAGUUCUAUGAUUGAUGAUUAUUUGCAAAUUGAAAAAAAUUUGAGAGAUGCCCCAAAACCGACCAGGCUGGUCACAACGCAGCUGCUCAUAUCUGCAGUAGCUGGGUUUUUCAUAUUUUCGGCAUUUUGUGUCUUGAGAUGCCGCUUCCCCAAUAUUUACAUGGCACGAAUGAACUACCUAGGCGUGUCAAAUCGCAAAUUCAUGCCACCGGUGCUUUCCACUAAAUCACUAUUUGGCUGGUUGGCUACUGUCUGGCGUAUAACGGAGGCCGACAUUUUAGAGUACGCUGGACUUGAUGCUUUUGUGUUUCUUGGGUUCUUCAAGAUGAGUAUAAAACUUCUGUCUGUGUGCUGGCUUUUUUCGGUUCUAAUUAUCUCACCAAUCCGCUACUACUUCACUGGAGACUACGAUCAAAGUGACGGUGACGAUAGUUCGGACCCCAAGGAUCCCUCAGAGGCGACAGACUAUCACACAUAUUUGUGGCUCUAUGUCAUUUUUACCUAUGUCUUUACUUUCAUCACUGAGUAUUUCCUCAUGCAGCAGACGCGCAAAGUUAUUCAGUAUCGGCAAAAUAUUCUCGGUAACCAAAAUUCUAUUACGGAUAGGACCAUCCGAUUGAGUGGAAUUCCCCCCGAGCUUCGAAAUGAGCGCGCCCUACGGGAAAGUAUUGAGUCCUUGGGUAUUGGUAAGGUUGCCAAGAUAGUCAUUUGCAGGGAAUGGAAGAAGCUGGAUUUGUUGUUUAAACAGAGGAAUCACAUCAUUCGUAAAUUGGAGAUCUUUUGGGCAAGGUACAUCGGCACUACAAAAAACCCGACCUUUAACAUUCGGCCGUUUGUUGAAAGCUCAUAUCCAUUAACACCUGAAUGCCCGAGAUACAGGGAUGAAGAAGAAGGCUCGGAUAGCACACAUGCCGGUACAACAUCCGAUGCAGAUACAUCGGAUUACGAAUAUGGCUCCAAUUCUGUUGUCGAGUACCAAGCUUCCCCAACCGAAACCGAUCCUUUCGGAACGAGUUUUGGGUCUGCAGUGUAUAAGAAGAGACCUCAGAUAAAGUUGGGUUUUUUGGGAAUUUGUGGCAAGUCGGUGGAUGCGAUCGAUUACUAUACGCAGCAAUUGAACGUGAUAGAUGAAGAGAUUAUGGUCGCUCGUCAGAGACAUUAUCCUGCUACCCCUACAGCAUUUAUCACGAUGGACUCGGUUGCAACGGCGCAGAUGGUGGCACAAGCAGUUCUAGAUCCUCGAGUCAGUUUCUUAAUCACCCGCACGGCUCCUGCUCCCAAAGAUAUCAUUUGGGAGAACGUGACUCUUCCUCGCAAAGACAGAGUCCUAAAAAUCUACUACAUCACCAUAUUGACUGGAAUCAUGGGAGUUGCCUUUAUUUUUCCUGUCGGUUACCUGGCUACAUUGCUUAAUUUGAAGACCAUCAGUAAGUUUUGGCCAGAUUUAGGAGAGCUUCUUGAAAAACAUGAAUGGGCGCAGAAGUUUGUCACUGAACUGCUUCCUGUGUAUCUGUUUACCUUGCUGAAUUUUGUGAUCCCAUACUUAUACGUUUGGCUGUCUUCCAGACAGGGAUUCGUCUCCCACGGAGAGGAGGAGCUAUCGGUGGUGUCCAAGAACUUUUUCUAUGUUUUUGUCAACUUGUUCCUGGUUUUCACAAUGGCCGGUACCGCCUCGAAUUACUGGGGUUAUUUAAGCGACUCCAAGAAGCUUGCUCUGCAGUUGGCGACGUCCUUGAGAGGAUUGUCGUCUUUUUAUGUCGAUACCAUUUUGCUUCAAGGAUUGGCUCUUAUGCCUUUGAAAUUGCUGAUUACGGGCCAUGUGUUGCGUUUCAUGUUUAUUCGUGCAAACUGCAAGACACCGAGGGACUUUAAAGAACUUUACAGGCCACCUGUAUUCAAUUUUGGUUUGCAUCUGCCGCAUCCCAUUCUCAUCUUGAUUAUCACAUUGCUCUAUAGCGUGAUGUCCACCAAAAUUUUGUCCUCGGGGCUUGCAUACUUCAUCAUUGGUUAUUUUGUGUACAAGUACCUGCUAAUCUACGCAUGCAUCCAUCCCCAGCACUCGACAGGUCAAGUGAUGCCAAUUAUUUUCCGUCGCAUUGUUUUAGGGCUGCUUCUCUUCCAAUUGACAGUGGCGGGCUCUUUGGCCCUGAACAAUGCUUACCUUUUGGCGAUGUUUCUUAUCCCCCUGCCCUUCCUGACCAUAUUGUACUUGUGGAAUUUCGAACGCAACUAUCUACCGCUGAGCUUUUUCAUUGCCCUACGUGCUAUCAACAAGGAUACGCAGGUUGAUACAGAUCCGCAAAGCUCAGCUGGCGUGAGAGCGACCCACCCUUUGACAAUCGGAGUGAGUUACUCAUCCUUGAGAUCCAGUACCAUCGACGAGCGCAGAGAGUACAAUCAGACUUACGAGUAUCCGUACCUGGUGCAAAGUUUAGAAGGCCCGUGGCUGGCAGUCGAUGGCGAACACGUUGUGAUGGCUACAAAGGAUGGCACAGUGCGGAAACGGUUUACCUUCGAAGAGUUUUAGAAUCUAUAGAGCGCGAAUAUAUGAAGAGCGAUAUUCAAAGACCAAGAUAUUUGAACAAUUCAGUCACUAGCUCCAGCUUCAAUUGGAGUUGAUGUAUUUCAUCCAGUAUAAGGGUCUUGAAUGGUAGGUGGU